AUGAUAACUUCCCGUCAAUUUAAAAAUAUCUUAGAGGAGUUCUUUACUCAGGAUCUAAAUAUAAUACCCUGGUCGAACAUCACCCUCCUGGAUGACGUUGACACGAUGGUUUACACCUUUUCUAUGUUUAUUCUGUACCUGUACGAUCUCCAUGCUCCGCUCAAAACCCUGAAAUUCAAAACACGUUCCACUCCUUGGAUUACUGAUAAUGUCCGAUUAUUGUUUAAAUUGCGAGAUGCUGCACGCUAUAGAUCACAUGUAACUCAGGUUCAUAGUCAUAAGCAGUAUUAUUUAGACCUUAAGAAGCAGGCAGCUAGCGUCUUAGCAUCGGAAAAAAAGACCUACUACAACAAUUAUAUUAAUAGCAACUUCGGAAACCCUAAAAAGUUAUGGAAAAAUCUGAAAUCUGAUGUGAUUCCGUCACAUCAGGAGAAAGCAUUGCCUGAACACCUUAAUGACGCUAAUGCUAUCAAUGAAGCUUUUCUGGAUGUACCCGGGGUCUGUAGUUCUGACGUUUCAGGAUACUCAUUCUUUGAGUAUUCUAACACAUCUCCAAAGUUUACGCUUAAAACUGUCAACCAGGAUACGGUUCUUAAGAUUAUUAACAGCAUUAAAUCCAACGCUCAAGGCACUGACGGGAUAAGCGGUGAGAUGAUAUCGCUCUCACUGCCUUCAACAUUGGAGGCGAUUACUAGCAUUAUCAAUAAGUCCAUUGAUACAAAUACAUUUCCUGCUCAGUGGCGAUGUUCUGUGGUUAGCCCUAUUCCGAAAGUCACGCACCCUCAAGCUUUUAAAGAUCUUAGGCCUAUUAGUGUGUUGCCUUUUCUGUCCAAGAUCUUGGAGAAGGUAGUUUACUCACAGGUAGCGGCAUAUAUCGAAUCAAAUAACAUUCUUCCAGAGUUUCAAUCGGGUUUCAGAAAAAGCCGAGGAACGGCCGCUGCUCUUACUGACAUUGUGGGUAAUAUUCUCGAGGCUCGGGACAGGAGCCAGGGUACGAUACUGACGCUGCUGGAUUUCUCACGGGCUUUUGAUACAAUUAACACUGCCUUACUCUUAGCAAAAUUAACUCACUACGGGUUCUCUGAUAAUGCUGUGGAAUGGUUUAGCAGUUAUAUGUCGAGUAGAACGCAAUUUGUACAAAUACGGAAAGAAGAUGGAACUAAACUAACCUCUACUUCUAAGCCGAUUACUAGAGGCGUUCCCCAAGGUUCUGUCCUGGGACCAUUGUUGUUUAUUUUGUACAGUGCAGAUAUCAUUCAGUGUUUCAAGAAUUGUAAAUAUCAUGUUUAUGCUGACGAUGUACAAUUAUACCAUUCUUUUGAUGUUGGAGAUACCCCUUCUGCUGUCAGUUUUAUCAAUGAGGAUCUGCAGAGGAUUGUCUCUUGGUCUGAACAGAAUUCCUUAGUACUGAACCCCUCUAAGUCUAAAUACAUGAUACUAGGCAGUAAAUCUCAGAUAGCAAAGAUUUUAUCACUCGAUCCUAAGGUGACUGUUUCUGGUAAGGAAAUUGAUCGGGUGGAGUUAGCAUGCAGUUUGGGUUUGACAAUUGAUCCCGAAUUGCGAUUCGAGGCCCAUAUUACAAAGAACUUAAGAGCUUGUUUUUACAGACUGAAGAUUCUGUACUCGUUUAGACAGUACGUCAGUGUACCCAUUAGGAAGUUGCUUAUCGAUAGUCUAGUUUUGUCGAAAUUAAAUUACUGUGAUACUGUUUAUGGAAGAGGACGGAUCGAAACUGAACAGUCGCCGCCCUCAGAAACCACAGCUACAACACAGAGCAUGUGGACAGAAACAACCGCGAAUACCGUCAUGAGUCUGGUAGCCCCCACAACAGAAUCAUCGUGCGCAACAGCCAACACGGAAGCCACGACGAAACUCGCAGAGAAACCUGGGAACUCAAAAACAGAGGCCGUCAAACAGUAUAUAGCCAAACAGAAUGACGUGCCAACAAAACAGCGCGCCGGUACAGUCAAAACUGACCGGUCGCGAAACAGAAAAGAACAGAAGAUAGCCAAAGCUAGAGAAGAGCUCGCCCGCCUACAGGUGGAGUUAGCAGCCGCCCAAUUGGCCACGCUCGAAGCUGGAUCUGAUGACGAAAACAGCGAAUCAGAAUACAGUAAGUCAGAACUCGACGAAAGAGUGGGCACGUGGUUGGAAACCCAACCCACAAAAACAGAAAAUGACGACCAACAUAAGGAAACACCGGCGGGAGCCUGCGACAAACAAGACUUCUCAGAUCUAACCGCAGCAAUAACACUCGCCGUCAAAGCCGCCCGCGAACCAAGAUACACAGAAUUGCCAUUCUUUAAUGGCAAUCACCAAGACUGGCUAUCCUUUCGCGCAGCCUAUCAAGAGACAAUGAAUUCCUUUACAAAAACUGAAAAUAUAAACAGACUCAGAAGGAACCUGAAAGGAAGGGCAAAGGAAGCCGUUGACGGAUUACUUAUAACGAACGCUGAUCCGUCCGACGUCAUAAGAAGUCUAGAAGCGCGAUUCGGAAGACCGGAAACGAUAGCCAUAACGGAGUUAGACACGCUACGAGCUCUGCCACGACUAACAGAAACACCAAGAGACAUAUGUAUAUUCUCCAGUAAGGUGACCAACGCCGUAGCUACGCUUCGUGCAUUAAAGUGCACACAUUACUUAUAUAAUCCGGAAACUACCAAAACAAUAUUAGAAAAACUCACACCGACACUACGUUACCGAUACUACGACUUCACCGCGGUACAACCGAAGGAGGAUCCGGAUCUGAUUAAAUUUGAAAAGUUCAUGAAAAGAGAAGCCGAGCUGUGCAGCCCUUAUGCACAGCCUGAACAGGCGGGGCACUACUCGCAGCCCGCACAACAUAACAGACGCACACAGAACGUGCACAUAGUCAAUGAGAAGCCAUCACGAGCUAAAUGUCCGGUAUGUAGCAACACUGAACACACCACAACAGACUGCUACAUAUUCAAGAAGGCAGACUCAAACACAAGAUGGGACAUCGCUAAGAAUACACACCUGUGCUUCCGAUGUCUCAAGUAUAGAAAUAAAACCCACAACUGUAGACCGAAGACUUGUGGCAUCAAUGAUUGCAAAUAUACUCACAACAAGAUGCUACACUUCGACAGAAAAAUUGAAAAAACAGACAACAGUGACAAGGAAACAACAGAGAACAUUAAUUCCGCUUGGACCGGAAAACAGAAACAGUCCUAUUUGAAAAUAAUCCCAGUCCAAGUACAAGGACCAAUAGGCACGGUUGAUACAUACGCGCUGCUCGACGAUGGAUCAACGGUAACACUGAUAGACGAAAUUAUUUGCAAGAAGACUGGAAUAACAGGACCAAUCGAUCCGUUACACAUACAGGCGAUUAACAACAUAAAAUCAACGGAAACAAGGUCAAGAAGAGUCAGCCUCACGCUCAGAGGCCUCAACAGUCGAAAAGAAAUAAUACAAGCGAGAACAGUUAACGACCUACAAGUAACAGCACAAAAAAUACCAAAGGAACAGAUAGAUGAGUAUUCGCACCUACGAGACAUCAGUGACAUCAUCACGUACGAGAACGCGAAACCUGGAAUCCUGAUUGGCCAAGACAACUGGCACAUGUUACUAGCUUCGAAAGUUAGACGAGGCAACAGGAAUCAGCCAAUAGCGUCACUGACACCUCUAGGCUGGGUAUUGCAUGGAGGUCGCACUCGUACCCUAGGCCACCAUAUAAACUACAUAAAUCAUGCUAGCGAAACCCAGGAAGAUGAUAAAAUAGAAAAUCUGGUAAAACAGUAUUUCGCUAUGGAUGCGCUAUGCAUCACACCAAGAAGACCAAAAACAGACCCAGAGGAACAGGCGCUUCGCAUCCUCAACAGCAAUACAGUCCACACAACAGAUGGAAGAUACGAAACUGCUCUGCUCUGGAAAACAGAUAAUGUCAGUCUACCAGACAACUACAAUAACUCGUUAAAGCGACUGAUAAAUAUAGAAAACAAACUCGAUCGUAAUCCGGAACUGAAACAAAAAUACACAGAACAGAUGGAAGCACUCGUAGCGAAAGGCUACGCCGAGCCCGCUCCAAAAACAAAAACAGAGAACAAAACGUGGUAUCUACCUCACUUCGCCGUCGUGAACCCCCUGAAGCCGGAAAAACUCCGAGUCGUCCACGACGCCGCCGCCAGAACAAGAGGGGUAGCUUUAAAUGAUAUGCUGCUUAAGGGACCGGACCUACUCCAAUCACUACCAGGAGUGAUAAUGCGAUUUAGACAGCAUAAUAUAGCAGUAACAGCAGACAUCAAGGAGAUGUUCAUGCAAGUGAAAUUGAGACAUGAAGACAGAGACGCGCUCCGCUAUCUCUGGCGCAAAGAUCGCCGAGAUGACAAGCCCCCAGAAGAAUACAGAAUGACCUCGUUGAUCUUUGGUGCGUCAAGUUCUCCUUCCACAGCAAUAUAUGUAAAGAACUUGAACGCCCAGAAACAUGAAGCCACGCACCCGGAGGCGGCAGCCGCAAUACAGAACAAACACUACGUAGACGACUACUUGGACAGCUUUAAAACUUUAAAAGAUGCAGUACGCAUAACAACAGACGUUCGUCGAAUACACGAAAAAGCUCAUUUUGAAUUAAAACAGUGGAAGUCAAACUCGCCGAGCCUACUUGAAACCCUUGGUGAAAACGAAAAUGGAAAUCAAGUGGAACUGUACAAGCCUGAAGAAAAAACUGAACGAGUACUCGGGCUCAUAUGGAAAACAGAAAAGGACGUGCUUACCUUCGACCUCAAUCUGACAAGAAUACCUCCACCGCUCGUCGAAGGCAAGACGCCGACCAAGAGAGAAGCACUAAAAGUCGUAAUGUCGUUAUUCGAUCCGCUAGGCUUCGUGUCCCCAGUCACAAAUAGAGCAAAACAACUUCUGCAAGAAGUGUGGCGGCGAGGAACAUCAUGGGACGAUGAAAUAGAUAACGACCUGUCGACACACUGGCAGGCCUGGGUGAAGCAGCUGAGAAACCUGCACAAUAUAGCCAUCCCAAGAUGUUACUUAAACUACAGCGACACGACCACAUUACAGCUACACGUCUUCACCGACGCAAGUGAAUCCGCCUACGCUGCAGCACUAUACUGGCGAACGAUAAGUCCGAAUAAUAGAAUCGACGUGUCACUGAUUAUGAGCAAAGCAAAGGUAGCGCCCCUGAAACUCACUUCUAUACCGAGACUGGAACUACAAGCCGCCGCUCUCGGAGCACGCCUCGCUGAAGCUGUAAUAGCGGAACACGACAGAAAGCCGGAUUCGAAGACCUUCUGGACCGACAGUAAGACAGUAUUAACAUGGAUAAGAACGGGAUCACGCUCGUACAAACCAUACGUCGCCCACCGCCUGGCUGCUAUAGAAGAUAGUUCAACAGUAAACGAGUGGCGAUGGGUACCCACGAAGCAUAACGUGGCCGACGACGCAACUAGAGACGUGCCAAUAUCGUUCAACAACGAACACAGAUGGUUCAGAGGACCGGAAUUCCUACACCAGCAAGAAGAAUCCUGGCCUACGGAAUCAGCAACAGCAACAAUAGAACCGACAGGCGAAGAAAAGAUACAUCACACGAUCGCCGUCAACCUUAAAAACAGACUAACUGAAGGUUUACCAGACGUAUCCCGGUUCUCGAAUUGGGAAAGACUCCGAUACACCACAGCCAGAGUCCUACAGUUUAUACAACUUUGUAGGCGCAGAACAGAACAGGUACACCAUAGAAAAAACAAAAGAAACAAAGAAGCAGACCCCGCGUGGGUCGAACGUAAACAACGAACAAUGGUUUCGCCGAAAUCCUUUAAAACCAAAACGGAAGAUAGAAAAUACCAUCCGAUCUCAGCUGAGACAUUGAAAACGGCCGAGGAACUGCUUAUGCGCGCGACACAGGAAGAAAGCUUCGCUCAAGAAAUCAAGGACAUCCAACAACGAGGAGGCGUGAACCAGAAUAGCCGCCUCCACAAACUCAGUAUUGUAUAUGAGAACGGAUACCUACGAAUACGAAGCCGUAUCGAAGCAGCAGAACGAAUACCAACAGAAAUAAAGAGCCCGGUGAUCCUGGACGGAAACCACCUCGCAACUAAGUUGUGGAUAAAAUAUAUUCAUCACAGAUUACAUCAUGCUGGAGUCGAAGCUACAAUUAACGAGUGUCGUCAGCAAUACUGGAUAGUGCGUAUACGCCCAGUGACUCGCACCAUAGUGAACAAAUGCCUACAAUGCAGAAUGAAGACACAGAUACCGUCGUACCCGAGGACCGGAGAUCUACCACCGUGCCGUCUAGCCCAUCACAAAAGACCAUUCACUUUCACGGGAGUUGAUUACUUCGGUCCGCUAACAGUCACAGUCGGACGAACCAACCAAAAGCGAUACGUAGCAAUAUUCACUUGUCUAACAAUACGAGCCAUACAUCUUGAAAUAGCCGCAUCACUAAACACCCACUCUGCGGUAAUGGCGCUCCGAAGAAUGAUAGCACGACGAGGUUGUCCGACGCAGUCGGACAACGGCACCAACUUAAAAGGAGCAGACAGAGAACUACGCCGAGCCAUCGACGGUGCAACCGCAAAGGAAGCAGCGAACAGAACGAUCUCCUGGAGAUUCAUCCCACCCGGAGCACCGUUCAUGGGAGGUGCCUGGGAAAGGAUGGUGCGCUCGGUAAAGGUCGCGUUAACGGCAACACUCCAUGAGCGAAGUCCGACGGAGGAAGUGCUCUCGACGUUAUUAGCUGAAAUAGAAUAUACGGUAAACAGUCGGCCUUUGACUCACGUUUCGGUCAGCGUGGACGACCCCGAAGCCCUAACCCCGAACCACUUACUACUAGGCGGGCCGGGGCGAGUACCAACACCAGGGACAUUUGAUGAAAGAGACACAUUGACGCGAAACAGUUGGAGAGCGGCACAACGACUCGCUGACCUGUUCUGGACGAGGUGGGUUAGAGAGUAUCUCCCCGAGCUGCAGCACCGGCGGGAGCCUCAUGGCCGAGGCAUCCCCGUGAAAAACGGAGAUUUAGUCCAGCUUGUGGACAAAAACUUGCCACGAAACACAUGGGUGCGAGGAAAAGUGAUCGCGACGUAUCCAGGACCCGACAACGUGGUGCGCACCGUAGAUAUCAGAACCAAAGGGGGAGUUCUACGGAGACCAGUACGAAAACUAGUGAUCCUGCCCAUAGAAGACGACCAUCCUGCACCGAGAAGAAAUGCGACGGACUCGCACGGCGGGAGUAAUGUGCAGGACGAAAUCGAUUUUAAAUAGUUUUAUCAAACAAAUAGAAUUAAUAUAGUUGAUAAGUAAUUACGUAACAAAAAUGUAUAAUCUUAAAUUAUUUUAUAUGCAAUAUGUUAGUGUAUCAGAUCAGAGAAUGUAAAUAGACCAAUAGGAACGAUUUGUGGAGCGCUUUCACUACGGUAACAUACAGAACAAGGGACCCUCCAAAAGUGGCGCGUCGAUAGCGUCGCGAGAUGGGGUACUGAAAUAAAUAUAAAAGGAUGGCCAUUUAUAGGCAAAAACACUUCUCAGCGAAUCUCCGACAUAGAAACAUCAAGACAGAAACAGUUCCCAGUGAAUCUUCGACAAAGAACCAUCAGCAAGAUAGAAACAGUUCUCAG